UUGUUUACCCCUUUCCGAAAGUCUUCCGACCAUUUCCGGAGUUGCGCAAUGUCGCCGCCAUGAUGAUUCUGAGCCGGCUGGGAAAUUCCGUACAGUUCGCAAGAGUGAAUUUUUCGCAUUUCCGCUACUUGAGUGCAUUUAAGAGUAUGGAGAAGCACGGAGUGGUUCCCGACGUCAUUCCCGCAGCCCCCAAGGAGGUGCUCAAGGUGUCCUACCCCAGUGGAGUCGCGGUCAACGAGGGCAACGAAUUGACUCCCACCCAAGUCAAGGAUGUGCCCACUGUCACCUGGAGCCCCGAGGCUGGGGCGCUGUACACCCUCUGCAUGACAGAUCCCGACGCCCCCUCCAGGAAGGAGCCAACGUACCGCGAGUGGCAUCACUGGCUGGUGGGAAACAUCCCCGGCAGCGAAGUCGCCAAGGGUGAGACUCUAUCGGCUUAUGUGGGAUCUGGGCCGCCGGAGGGAACCGGAUUGCACCGCUAUGUCUUCUUGCUGUACAAGCAAAACGGGACACUGUCCUUCACCGAGCCUCGACUCACCAACACCAGUGCUGACAACAGAGGCUGCUUCUCCAUCCAGAAGUUCGCUGAAAAGUACAAGCUCGAGCUCGUGGCCGGCAAUCUGUACCAGGCUCAGUGGGAUGACUACGUGCCUCUGCUGUACAAGCAGCUCGGCGCCUAAGCGCCUAUUCAUAUCCCAGAUUACUUGGGAAAACACUGUAUUUGAGCGGGUGUGGUGAAUAAAUACAAUCCCCGGGUUAAAAAUG